CUUUGAACAUGGAUCAACCAUCAAAGGAUACUUCAAGCGUAGUUCCUCGAGAUGAUCAACUCGAACUUUUAGAACUUUUCGAGAGUAUUAAAAAAUCCAACACAAUUUUAUAUCUACCUACUGGAAGUGGCAAAACCUACUUAGUCACAUUGCUUAUUAAACACUUGGGAGAAAGUCUAACGAAACCAAAAGGUGAAGGAAGAAAAUGGACAUUUUUUAUCGUCCAAUCUGUACCGCUUGCUAAUCAAUACGCAGACAACUUAAGAGGGCAUUUGCCGUGGAAUAUAUGUACAAUUAGUGAUCACAUAACUACUAACGAUUGGACUCAAAUGAAUUGGGAUAAAAUAUUGGAGAAAUGUCACAUUCUGAUUAUGACUGCUAAUAUUUAUUUGAACAAUCUAUAUUAUGGUUACAUGGAAAUCAAGGAUGCAAAUCUUCUUAUUUUCGAUGAAUGUCAUUAUGCUGUAUUAUUUCAUCCAUUUAAAAAAAUAAUGGAAAUAUUUCAUGAUUCGGAUUUAAAAAGUGAUGAACGUCCUCAUAUACUUGGACUCACCGCUACUUUGAUUAACAAAAAUACCAAAAAUGUCAGAGAUGAACUUAUCAAAUUGCAAUCAACAUUUAAUAGUACAAUAAAGACUAAAUGCAUUGAAAAUAUUCAAAUUUUUUCAGCAUGUCCAAGGGAAUUUAUAAGUUUUUAUGACGAAUAUAUUUUGGAUGAUGAACUUAAAGUUGUCACUAAUAGAAUAUCGACAAUGCUAAAACACCUAAGAUGUCUUCAGUCUAGUUUCAAAGCCGAAAAAAUUAAAGAAUGCGAUGAAAUUUAUUAUUUGGAACAUCAAAAACAAUCAAACGAUUUAUCAAAAUUUUUGAUUGAUAUAAUGACGAAUCUCGUUGACGGUGGUCCUUAUAUUGCAUUUUUGGCUACUUGGCAUUUUUUGGUUGAAAUUGAAAAGAAAAAAAAAAUUUGUCAUGAUAUGAAUAAACUUUCUAUUUUAUACAUAGUAUUAUCAGAAGUAACUUUAAUUCGAAAAUUGUUGUAUGACUACAUGAAUAAACACGCAUCUCUUCACAAUGAUCAUACAACUACAUUGAACAAUGUAUCUCCAAAACUGACAAAACUAAUGCAACACUUAUCUACUUUAAAAUCCACAGAUGCCUGUUUAAUAUUUGUUGAUAGCCGAUCAACUGCUAAAAUUUUAUACCAUUAUAUCAAGGAUUACACUCAGGAAUAUAAUCAAAACAAUAUUGUGUGUGACUUUAUAUUUGGGGCAAGAGGAAUAAUGAAUACCGAAAACAACGAAUUGAAACAUAAAAAACAACAAAAUAAUGAUAUCAUUAAGAAGUUUAAUGAUAACACUAUUAAUGUUCUCGUAUCAACAGAAGUAUUUGAAGAUGGCGUUAAUAUUAAAACUUGUAACUUUAUCAUUAGAUUUGAUUCUCCUAAAACUUUUUUUUCUUAUAUACAAUCAAAAGGAAAAGCUUGUUCUUCUGAGAGUACAUUUAUUAUUAUGGUGCAAAACUCGCUGAAUUUUAAAAAUACUCAAUCUGAAUAUAUGCAAAUAGAAGAAGAAAUUAAAAAUGUUUUGGUAAAAAAUGAUAUUGAUGAAGAAAAUAUUAAUGAAAAUAUAACAACAGUUUUUAAGUCUAAACAUGCUACAUUAACUUAUGAAAAUGCUUUUAAAAUUCUUCAUAGGUACUGUUUAUCUUUACCUCAAGAUCGAUUCUCGAAUUUGUACCCGGAAUGGUAUAUAACUCAGAGCAAUAAUCAGUUAAAAAAAUACAAACUAAUACUGCCAAUUAAUAGUGCCAUUAAAACACCUAUCGAUGGGUCAUUUAAUAAGACAAAAAAAAAUGCUAAAAGAAGUGCAGCGUAUAACACGUGCAUUGAAUUGUACAAGGUUGGAGCAUUAGAUGAAUAUUUUAUGCCUGUGGAUAGUAAAAAUAAUGCUGCAUUCAAUGAUUUAAAAUGGUUCCCACAUUGGGAUGAUAACGAUAUUGAACCAAGUAAAUAUAAUUUAAAAGCGGGAACUGCUAAAAUGAAGAGGACGAUGUCCAUUAAAAAUACAACACACUUACACGGAUCAUAUCCAAUGGAAAAUAAACCAACGUAUUUACAUGUUAUUCACUGUACUCCGAAUUACGCACAAUUGAAAGACAGUAAAAACGAAAUAUUUGAUCAAUUAUUAAAGUCAAAUAAAGAAUAUGGAAUCUUAACAAUAAACAAAUUACCACAAGUAUCAAGUUUUCCUAUAUUUUUACCGUUUGGUAACGUUAAUGUUAGCAUAAAAGUAAAUGUUGACAUUAUUUACUUGGAGAGUGAAAGUCUUAAAAAACUUGACGAUUUCCAUAACAAAUUAUUUGUGGAUAUAUUGGGCGUAAAAUGUUGUCUUGCAAGAAACUAUGAUAAUGAAAAAAAUUCAUACUUAGUAGUACCUAUCUUUUCUACAGAUAAUACUUAUAAACUGGAUUGGAACGUUAUUAAUAUAAACAAAUUAAUAGAAACAGAAAAACCUACUAUGGAACAAAGAUUAUCUAAAUUCUAUGAAAAAGACCUCAAGAUAUAUAGCGUGAUUACACCGUGGUACAGGAGCGUAGUACAAGACAAAAAUUAUGUUGUAACUGAAAUUCUCUUUGACAUGUCACCUGAAAGUUCUUUUCCAUCUUCUACGUAUGAUACUUAUGCAGAAUAUUUUAGUGACAAAUAUAACAUUAAUGUUACCCGUAAUGAUCAACCUUUGAUUAAAGUAAGAUCAUUGGGCCAAACAAAAACUAAUUAUUUAGUUCCCAGAAUUUCCACUGAUAUAACAGUAAAACGAAAAGAAUAUAAUGAAAUACUUAUACCAGAAUUUUGUAUUUGGCAUAAAUGCCCAUCAGUUUAUUGGUUAAAAGCUUUAAUGCUGCCAACUAUAUUAUAUCGAUUUGAACAAUUAUUACUGGCAGAAGAACUUAUUGUAAAAAUUAAUUCUAUAUGUAACAUUGAAGUAGAUGACAAUGAACUAAACAAUGACACGCUUGACAUUGAUCAUUUUUGUGGCUUUUAUGAAAACAAAAAAAAAAAAAAAAAUAUUAUAUUGGCAGUUAGUGAAAUAUUAAAAUAUUCUCAGGAAAAUAAUAUGGUUGAUGAUUGGAAUUCAGGCAAUUUAUCUAUCGAUAUUGAUAGGCAAAAAAAUACAACAAUGCUGGAUAUACUAAAUUAUUUUUCGUUAAUACACAAAGAUAAACCCAAAAAUAGUGAUGAUAUUACUAAUAUUCAACAAUCAAAUUAUUCAUCCAAUUUAAACGAAAUGGAAAUGGAUGAUGUAUUCAAAAAAGCGUUGACCGCAAUGAACACUUUAAUUUUAACGAAGAAUGCACCACCUAUGUUGAGUCCACUGUUCAAAAAAGCAUCAAAGCAAAGUAUCGCACUUAAAAAGAGUGAUAUGUUAAAAAUUAUAACACCACCACUUUAUAAUGAUAUGUUUAAUUAUGAACGAAUGGAAACAUAUGGAGAUAGCUUCCUCAAAUUUGCUGUAUCAUUGGUAUUAUAUGAUGCGUUUCCAUUAGAUAAUGAAGGAGUUCUUAGUGUCUUAAAAACGAAAAUUGUUGGGAAUCAAAAUUUAUUUUAUGUUGGGAGAAAUUUAAAUCUUGGAUCCUAUUUAAUGUUAAAUGUUUUUGAAUCAAAUAUGGAUUGGAUUCCUCCGUGCUUUGGCAUUCCUGAGGAAAUUAAGAAAAUCAUCAAGGAGAAUAAUUGCUCAUUAGAAGUCAUUCAUCAGAUAAUUAUUUCUAAAAGCGAUCAAAUUACUGGAGUGUUAUCAGAUGAAACUUUAAAUGAAAUCAAAAAGGAAAUAUUUAAAUUCAAGCAAUUUUCAACCUCGUAUAUUUCUGAUAAAGAUGCCGUUCCAGACUUUGACCAUUCAUUAUCUGAUUUAUUUAUGCACAAUCAAACAGUUGCAGAUAAAAUGGUUGCUGACUGUGUAGAAUCAUUGAUUGGGACUUAUGUAUAUAACUGUGGAGUUGAAGUAGGUUUCAAGGUUCUUCACGGUUUGGGUAUUAUACCUAAGCAAUUCAUUGAUACAUUCAACCCUCAACCAACUGAAAAUGUACGCGUUGGUUUAAAUUUUUCAAAUUUAUUACCUGGAUAUGAAUUACUUGAAGAAAGAAUUGGCUAUUCUUUUAAAAAUAAGUAUCUAUUAGUUCAAGCUCUAACCCAUCCAACCUACUCUUUUGGGUCUAUUGACUGUUAUCAAAGACUUGAAUUUCUUGGAGAUGCUAUACUUGAUUUCUUGAUUACAACUUAUAUAAUAGAGCAUUGUCAUCAAAAAACUCCCGGUGAAAUAACUGAUAUUAGAUCUUCACUAGUAAACAACAUAACAUUUUCUUCAUUGAGCAUAAGAAUUGGACUGCAUAGAUUUAUCUUAGCUAAGUCUUUGAAAAUGACUGAAGCAAUAGAUCGUUUUUAUAAAAAUCAACAAAAAAACAAUUUUAAAAUUGGCCAAGAAGUUUUAUAUCUAAUAGAAGAAAAUGAUUGUUAUGCUGCUGAAUCUAUUGAUGUGCCCAAAGUAUUGGGAGACUUGUUUGAGGCAUUAAUUGCUGCAAUUUAUCUGGACUGUAAUAGAGAUUUAAAUUUUGUAUGGACUUUAUGCUAUAGAUUUUUGGAAAAUGAAAUUAAAGAAUUUUGUACUAAUAUUCCGAAAAAUCCUUUACGUAUUUUACAUGAAACUAAAUUAUCGCCGAAUUUCAGUAUACCUGAUGCUGCUGACCAAUCAUUGAAUAAAGGUUUAGGAACCAUGAUGAAGUUACAGAUAACAUUAAACCAAAAAGUUAUGAAUAUAUAUGGAUUUGGUCAUAAUAAAAAAGAAGCCAAGGUUGCUGCUGCCAAACUGGCUUUAAAGAAUAUGAAAAAGAUUAUGUAA